GUUAUUCUUGGAGAGGAGAGUUGUGAUGAUUGCUCUGGAAAUUGGAGAGAACUUGUUUGAGGUCCAGUUUAAUAUUCUUGCGUCAUCCUGUUGGUGAGAGCGUUUGGAGCUUCGCAACGGUCGUGUAGUUGUAGUACUUACACAAAGAAUUCUGUAUUGAACCAAGGUGAAUAUUUAUCAAGUGGUAGUGCGUUGUGGAGGAGAGCAGCGCAUUAAAGCUUAGCUAAUUUUUAUGAUUGUCGAGUAGAACUACAACUACUUCUAGAAGGAACAACGGAAAAAACCUUCCAAUCAAGAUGCGCGGCCACCACCACCAUUUAACCGCGGACCAGGUGGACGGGUUUUGGAAUCCGGAGGACACAACAUAUCCACAGAAAAAAAACCGUCCCCAUUCAUGAUCUUGUUUUGCAUGACAAACAAAGGACUUUAUACGUGUUUUGCAUGACAAAUUGGAUGGAGAUGGUUUUUUUUUCAGUGGACACAACAUUGAUCAAGACGACAAAGGCUACAACAUCCGGUGGAGCUGAUAUUGGUGCUAGUACAUCAAUAACGAAACCGUCUGCUGCUUCAACAUCGUCCGCGGCAAGUGCAACCAGUGCGGCAGGCGGGGGUAGUCUUAGUCACGGCGCAGUCAAACAUGGCAGACACAGCAGUUUUCUACUCACACUCCAACCGGGGGGAGUUGUACCUGGUGGGUCGAAAACCUGUGAUGCAGCAGAGCUAGAACGAUCACGGAACAGGGAUGUGUCGAAAACAGCAUUCUACGCCGAGGACCCACCGUAUGAGCAAUCGGGAGAACCACCAUUGACGCAAGGUAAGGAUGAAAUUGAAGCAGGUUUUUGUCAUUCAAUUAUAUCUUCUACUGCAGAAAGUGAAAGUUUUGUAUUGCACAAGGCGCAUAAGUAGCUGCAUCAGCAUCUUGACUACGUCAUCAAAACCAUCAGGUUGCGCCAAAGUCCUGAAGGCUUCCAACCAGCUCGAACAGGCCGCGCUGCGGUUACACGACGCAGGGCCGAGCCGGUUCGGCCGGCGAUACUGUCCGAGCGUGUUUAGUAUGCAUUGCAAAAGGAAAAGUAUCGCACUAGUCGAAAUCGCAUGAGAAACGUCCUCAGCAUGAGAAGUGGAAUUUCUCAUGCUGAUUUACCUUGGGAAUCAGAUUUGUCUAUGCAAGACUGCGAUUACUACGAGUACGAUACUUUUGCACAGCAUAUUUAGCUUCUGGGACACCGCAGUUUCGAACCUGGAGCAGGGAGGACGGAAAAGUACUUGUUUUUUAAAGCUGAUUUCUCGGUUCAGGCUCAUGCACGAAGAUGUCUUCGUAGAUCGGAGCAUUUUUCGAUCUCAAGUCGGUACACUCGUCGGAUCUCGUUGGGCUACAAGAUUGUUGAGGUGUCGAUCAUUUUUAGGGUUGGAUAAAAUUAAAAUUUUGAAUUUUCGUGGAUUUGAACUAGCAACAAAAAUGAAAUUUUGAAAUUUCGCAACCCAGAGGUGACUGACGCGUCCAGAUGUGUGUUUUUUUCGUGCCGCAAAAACGGUGUCUACGGGGCGUGAUUUGAAGAGAGCUUGGGGCACUUUUUGGCCGCGGUUUGGGCCACGCGCCCGUGGCUUUUUUCGAGCCGCAAAAACGGUGUCUACGGGCCGUGAUUUAAAGAGAGCUUGGGGCACUUUUUGGCCGCGCUCUGGGCCACGCGCCCGUGGCUUUUUUCGAGCCGCAAAAACGGCGUCUACGGGUCGUGAUCUGAAGAGAGCUUGGGGCACUUCUUGGCCGCGCUCUGGGCCACGCGCCCUUUACUUUUUUCGAGCCGCAAAAACGGUGUCUACGGGUCGUGAUUUGAAGAGGGCUUGGGGCACUUUUUGGCCGCGCUCGGGGCCACGCGCCCGUGGCUUUUUUCGAGCCGCAAAAACGGUGUCUACGGGGCGUGAUUUGAAGAGAGCUUGGGGCACUUUUUGGCCGCGCUCUGGGCCACGCGCCCGUGGCUUUUUUCGAGCCGCAAAAACGGUGUCUACGGGUCGUGAUUUGAAGAGAGCUUGGGGCACUUUUUGGCCGCGCUCUGGGCCACGCGCCCGUGGCUUUUUUCGAGCCGCAAAAACGGUGUCUACGGGUCGUGAUUUGAAGAGAGCUUGGGGCACUUUUUGGCCGCGCUCUGGGCCACGCGCCCGUGGCUUUUUUCGAGCCGCAAAAACGGUGUCUACGGGUCGUGAUUUGAAGAGAGCUUGGGGCACUUUUUGGCCGCGCUCUGGGCCACGCGCCCGUGGCUUUUUUCGAGCCGCAAAAACGGUGUCUACGGGUCGUGAUUUGAAGAGAGCUUGGGGCACUUUUUGGCCGCGCUCUGGGCCACGCGCCCGUGGCUUUUUUCGAGCCGCAAAAACGGGGUCUACGGGCCGUGAUUUGAAGAGAGUUUGGGGCACUUUUUGGCCGCGCUCUGGGCCACGCGCCCGUGGCUUGUUUCGAGCCGCAAAAACGGUGUCUACAGGUCGCGACCUGAAGAGAGCUUGGGGCACUUUUUGGCCGCGCUCUGGGCCACGCGCCCGUGGCUUGUUUCGAGCCGCAAAAACGGCGUCUAGUACAGGUCGUGACCUGAAGAGAGCUUGGGGCACUUUUUGGCCGCGCUCUGGGCCACGCGGCCGUGGCUUUUUUCGAGCCGCAAAAAAGGUGUCUACAGGUCGUGAUCUGAAGAGAGCUUGGUGCACUUUUUGGCCGCGCCCUGGGCCACGCGCCCUUUACUUUUUUCGAGCCGCAAAAAAGGUGUCUACAGGUCGUGAUCUGAAGAGAGCUUGGUGCACUUUUUGGCCGCGCUCUGGGCCACGCGCCCGUGGCUUGUUUCGAGCCGCAAAAACGGUGUCUCCGGGGCGUGAUUUGAAGAGAGCUUGGGGCACUUUUUGGCCGCGGUUUGGGCCACGCGCCCGUGGCUUUUUUCGAGCCGCGAAAACGGUGUCUACGGGCCGUGAUUUGAAGAGAGUUUGGGGCACUUUUUGGCCGCGGUUUGGGCCACGCGGCCGUGGCUUUUUUCGAGCCGCAAAAACGGUGUCUACGGGCCGUGAUUUGAAGAGAGUUUGGGGCACUUUUUGGCCGCGCUCUGGGCCACGCGCCCGUGGCUUUUUUCGAGCCGCAAAAACGGCGUCUACGGGUCGUGAUUUGAAGAGACGCAACAGCCGCUGUCCGGCCACUUCCGGUACAUUGCGGGAGACAAGUCGUCAGCCCCAAGCUACUUAUCAUUCAUUGAGCACUGGCGUUUGAUGAGUUUUCAUCUGAAUUUUGAGGCAGAUAAAAAUAAAAUUUUAAGAUUUCGUGGAUUGCGACAUCAAACACCUGAAAAAGUUUUGAAAUUUUGCACGUUACACAGCCAGAGUCACCUGCUAUCGCCAGACAAUUUUAUACUCAUAUAGCUAACAGGUACGACAAUGAUGUCUGGACAGUUUUUUCCGGGCAAUAAAAAUAAAAUUUUAGUAUUUCGCGGAUUUACAAGAACAAUAAAAAUAAAAUUUUGAAAUUUCGCUGUUUGUCAUCACUAGAAGUUGUGCUGUUGCUGAUGAAGAGAAGCCUCUUUCCACCUCGUCAUUCUAUCUGUGUACUCCUUGUGAAUGUUUUGUGAAAUUCGUUGCCAAUAAAAAUAAAAUUUUAAAAUUUCGCGGAUUCCACCAAUUUGGGAGGAAAAUACAAUCUGGUCAUCACAUUGAAAAAACUUGUUCAGUUGGCGCCGUCGUGACAUCCUCCGCCGUCACGAGCGAGUCCGGAUUAGCUGCAGCUGCAAUUAUGGCGGUGACGGCCGCAAGUGGAGCAACGAAAAACGAGGACAAUAGAAGUCGGCGAGACCACAGGCAGUGUAAAGUGUUGCCCAAGAAUAGCUCCUCUUUGGGUGCUGGUGGUGUGUCAACAGAAGAAGAUGAACGGAUUCUUGCGGGAGGUCCACGUGGAGGUGAUACAGAUGGACAACAAGCACAACUACGAGAUUUUUACUCUAGAACAACAAGCGACGAAAAUAUGGAAGAACAUCAAAUCGAGAACAACUACCUCCAGGAAAGCUGCGUCGACGGAACCAUAAUAUCAGGCGGCGAAACAACUUCUACGCUACUAGAGGAAGAAGAAGAAGAAGCAUCUUCCACUGCGCCAUCUCUAACAAGAAUGGCACCUCCUCGUCCGAGCUUGAAGCUGAUAGCAGAACCGGUCAAGAAAAUGCCCCCAGCGGCAUCGGCGAUAAUAGCGACGACACCGGGUGGAGUAGAGGCGGUACAGGAACAAAUAGAUCCACCACUGACCCUGCCACUUCCGAAGAUGAUCGACGACGCGUACUUGUCCGGAAUCGAUUUAGACGGGAGUUUAAGUGAUUUCGAGUUGGAAGACGACUGCGAUACGGUCGUCCGUCAGAAUUACGAUCCGGAGGGGCACGAGUUGCAGUGGCAAGACCGAGCAGCGAAUGCGAGUAGAUCUGCAGUAGUACACGACGACACCUGCUCUCAUCAACAGCACCUCUACAACUACCCAGGUCUUCAAAGACCGAUUUCCUCUUCUUCCUCUGUCAGCCCCGCACCACCGCCGCAGAGCGCGAAGAGCUUCCUGUAGACCGCAACGAGGAGAAUUUAUUUUUAUACACCUUUUGCUACAUCUUCGACUGCAGUAAAUAUUGCUGGCGGAUUUUGCGAGCACGGGUUCUUGAAGAACGAAUUUUGCGAACAGAAACUGAACUUCGUUGGCCGGAAGCGCGAGGACAGCGUGACUAUUAUUGGAGUGUGAUGAAAAUAUUUUCGAAGAAAACAUACUUAAAUAGAAAUGAAACGGAACAAAUUCUUUCGAGUUAGUUGAACAAGGUGAAGGCUCAAGAACUAGAGCCGAGGAAAAUAGACCCGAAGUUGAACUUGAAUCAUUAGAAUACAUAGAACUAGGAGAACUCACUGGACGAAUCUAAUGUCUAACGCAAAAGAAACGCUUUUGCUAGUGGGGUGCUGAUUACGUUUUUGGGAGCCCCCACAUCUCUGCAAUGACGAGAGGGCGCGUCAAUCGAUGCACGCAUCUCGUCAGAUGGUGUGUGUUUACACUAAGUGCUCGUACUAGUACACGACGUCCAUGCUCGCAUUGUAUUCGCUUUCGCGCACCCGGAGGGUCCUACAACUUGCAGCGCUCGAAGAGGUGGAACUGCAGGGAAAAUACUCCGAGUGGUCGCUUGAACAUUUAUUCGCUCGAGAUUGAUGCG